CCUCCACUCUGAAAAGGAGGUUGAGCGAGCAAAGUGCCUCCGUCUUCACUUUGCUCCCUCCAUGGCCGCCCAGCUACCGAUUCCAAUCUACACAUCUCUCGAACAGCUCUACAGUGACCUCGGAACAGCUACCAAGCAUGCUGUACGAUGGAAUCAUCUUGUAGAAGAAUUUGACAAACGAUUUGGAAGGAAGCCGACAUUUAUUGUGCGAGCGCCAGGGCGCGUGAACUUGAUCGGGGAGCAUGUCGACUAUGCACUAUUUGGUGUACUCCCUGCAGCGAUUGAGCGUGAUAUCCUCAUCGCUUGUGCUCCACAAACCACCUCGCUCACGCAUGGCGCGGUCAACGCACAGAACCUGUAUCAGAAGUAUACUCCGCGCUCAUUUACUCCAAUCAGGAAGAAGUCCGUUUCAGAUGAUCCAAGCGAAGCUCAGGUCCACCUCGAGGAGUGGGAUCUGGACAUUAACAAGAAAGAGCUGCGAUGGGAGAGCUAUGUCAAGGCUGGAUAUUAUGGUGUCCUGAACCAUUUCUUCCCCCCAUCUGCGACAGAAUACAAUGGGCAUCCUGUUCCGAUCGACCUCCUCGUAACAGGUACUGUCCCUGCUGGCUCCGGUCUUUCAUCGUCUGCUGCAAUGGUAGUAGCGUCAACGCUUGCAUUUCUCGCCGCAAAUAACAAACUUGCGGGUAUCACCAAAGGCGCUCUCGUCGAAAUGGCUAUCGAAAAUGAGCAACGAGUAGGCGUGAACAGCGGAGGUAUGGACCAGGCUGCAUCAGCAAUCUCGACGCCUGCCUCGGCUCUCUACGUCACGUUCUACCCCCGUCUAGCAGCCUCUCCUGUUCCACUCCCGGGCUCCUCGUCUGUAGCAUCUGGAUCGCUUCCCACGGUGGCAUUGCCUCCUCGCGCGGUCUUCAUUAUCGCCAAUUCUCUGGUUGUCUCUGAAAAGGCCGUCCAUGCUCGAACGCGGUAUAACCUGCGUGUCGUCGAGACGCUCGUUUCUGCUCGCGUGCUGGCUCAUCGUUUGGGUAUCUCCAUGGGCUCCAAAGAGCGUAUUACCUUGCGUGAAGUAGUCGGGAAAUCAGGUGGCGAACCAGAGGGCGGUUGGACAGAGGAUGACACUGGACUAAAGGAAACAUUGGAGAAGGCUGUAGUCGAGGUGGAAAAUUUGAGGCCGAGAAAGGCAGAGGGGCAGGAAGGCGUCACGAUGGAAGAGAUGAUUGAAUGGAGCGGAAUGGGUGAGAAGGAAUUCAGAGAAGUUUAUCUGUCUUGGAUUGACGUGGAAGCGACGCAUUUCCAGCUUUACAAGCGCGCGAAACAUGUCUUGACUGAAGCACUUCGCGUCCUUGAAUUCCGCGACAUCUGCCUCCGCGCCGACAAGGCGCCCACCUCGGGUGAGGAUAUCCUCAGGGAGCUCGGCGAUCUGAUGAAUCUGUCCAUGGACAGCUGCACUGAUUUAUUUGAGUGCUCUUGUCCGGAGCUCAACCAGCUCACCACGAUUGCGCGCGAGGCCGGGGCGUUUGGCAGCCGGCUCACAGGUGCGGGAUGGGGCGGAUGCACGGUCUCCCUCGUCGCCGAGGAAAAUGUGGCUUCGUUCAUUGCGAAAUUGAAGGCGACAUACCCGGCGUAUCAAAGUCUCGAGGAGGAGGCGUUCACGGAAGCUGUCUUUGCGACCAAGCCAAGCAGUGGGGCAUGUGUGUAUAAGUUUGAAGAUUGAUGUUCGAGUAACCUAGAGGAAAUAAAUGCAUGCGCAUUGUGAAUAUCAUAGGAUAUAUGGCGAUUGAGAUCAUC